AAAACGGAGGAUAUUAUGGUAAUUAUGCUUUGUUCCACGUGCGAGUCUCUGAUCGCAGAGACAUAUAAGUUGGGCGCCAUAUCUGAGACUGCCGCCUUCUUCCUACUUUCGAAUUCUCACCGAAGCAAGCGCACUCUAGAACACUUCAGUCGCGAAAAAUUCCCAAUUAAUCUUCCGUGUCCGAUUGAAACGAUAAACCCUAAUUCAAUUUCCCCGGCGUUCCUUUUCCGUUAUCUCUCGUUUCUGAGAGUAUUUAGUUGGCCAAUGAUAUCAAUUUCCAUUCUCCAUGAGGAGCAUUGCGAAGUUGCCGGAGGCUGUUCACAGCUCGAUCCGUUCUGGAGUCGUCCUGUAUGACUUGACAAGGGUCGUGGAGGAGUUGGUGUAUAACAGCCUCGAUGCUGGUGCUAACAAGGUUUCCGUUGCUGUGGGUGUUGGGACCUGCUAUGUUACAGUGGUGGACAAUGGAUAUGGUGUUUCCCGAGAUGGGUUGGAGCUGCUGGGAGAAAAAUAUGCAACAUCAAAAUACGACCCCUUGGAUGAUAUGAACUCCGUUCCUUUAAGCUUUGGCUACCGUGGGGAGGCUUUAAGCUCCAUUACUGCUGUCUCUUUGGUGGAAAUUGUUACAAAAGCUCAUGGGAGGCCAAAUGGAUAUCGCAAGGUUUUGAAGGGCCACAAGUGUUUGUAUCUUGGAAUUAGUGAUGAUAGACACGAUGUAGGCACAACAGUCACCGUGCGUGAUUUAUUUUACAACCAACCAGUCCGAAGGAAGCAUAUGCUAUCCAACCCAAAGAAAGUCAUACACGUAGUUAAAGAGUGUGUGCUAAGAAUUGCACUUCUUCAUCCCAAUGUCUCUUUCAAAGUAGUUGAUAUUGAAAGUGAAGAAGAGCUGCUCCACACACGUCCCUUUCCUUCUUCAUUGCCACUACUAGCAAAAGUUUUUGGGAUUGAGGCUUCCAGUUCUCUUGAAGAAUUGAAUGUUGCUGGUGAUGGAUUCAAGCUUUCUGGGUAUAUUUCUGGCACCCCUGAUAGUUUUUCAUGGAAGGCCUUUCAAUAUGUCUAUAUCAAUUCAAGAUUUAUUUGUAAAGGACCAAUACAUAAAAUGCUAAAUAAUUUGGCAGCAAGCUUUAACAUUGGUUCCCAAAGUGAGAAGCAGAGUAGACCCCAGAUAUGUCCAGCAUUCAUUUUGAACCUAAACUGCCCAAAAUCUUGCUAUGAUCUGACAUUUGAACCAUCAAAGACCUCUGUGGAGUUUAAGGAUUGGGACUCUGUGCUUACUUUCAUUGGGGAUGCUGUUGGAUGUCUCUGGAGUGGAAGUAAAUCUGCUGAUUUGUCUGUGAAAUGUGAAAUUGGGAAAAAGAGGCGUAGGGCCUUGAAUUCUAUGGGUUCUCAGGGAACUUCUCCACAAUCAAAGAAGGUAACUGAAGAGUGCAAUAAUUUCCACCCCAGCAGAGAGAAUAAAUCUCCAUCACAUUGCGGAGUAGUAAUAAGCCUUGAAUGCAGCAGUGAUCUAUCUCCAUUGCCCCAUAAUGUGUUCUCUCAUGGGGACAAUGAUCUUCUUGGUCUAAAUAGAUCCAACAAACAAUUGAACUAUACUUUUAGUUCCGGAUGGAAGAGUGAAUCUCCCAAGAUUGAUGCUGGCACAAAUAGGUUACUUAAAGACCAUAUGAAAUUUAAUAAUUCUCCUGAACUUGAUGACAAUUCAGGUGUUUACGAGGAUGUAAGAAAACCCUUUCUUCAGAGUUGUUUUUUACACAGAAGACUGGAACCUGGUGAAACAUCUCUUGCUUCUGAUGAAGGACUUGAGUUUAAAAUUGAAGAUCACUCCAAGCAAAAUGCAUUUAGAGCUAAUGAUAGGGUUGUUGAAGAAGUCAAUAAUAUUAACAAAAUUAUGAGUCCAAGGAAUGUAUGGGACAAUGAACAAACAGAUGUUCUGAGGUUUUCCAAGACUACUAUACAACAUGAUGUACAACACCGGCUAAAUUUGUUGCUUGGAGAUUCAGUAAAUUCAUCAUUGAACCCUGAGCUCUCAUAUGAAGAGGGGUUAUUUUUACCUGACUUCGUCAAGCCAUUUCAAAGAUCUACUUCUUGCCUUCAUUCUGAUAGUUGCAUUUCAUCUCCUGUGCCAUCAAAUUAUUUGACUGGGAUACCAUUUAAAAACAUAGCUCACACCAUUAGUGAAGAUUUGGUUGCAAAUUCUCCUGAGUAUAAUGGUAAUGUGAGAUAUGAUUAUUUGGCCAACAAAGAAAGAAAGAAUUGGAGAUAUGACAUCGACAAAAUCUCAAUUGAUCCAGGAAAAGAGGAGUGCUUCUUUUCAAGCUCUAAGACACUUUCCUCUGAUGUCAAGGAUUGUGCUGGUUUCAAGGAGAACAGUAGUGACUUCCAAGAACAUGAUCUGUAUGAUCCUUUCUUUCCAAUGGAAAUAAGUACUGACUUCCAAGAUCAUAAUCUGAAGGAUGCUUUCUCUCCAAAUAGUUUCAAUAUUUUUACUGAUUGCAUAAACACUUGGGGUGAAGAUGGUAUUACAAAUUGCUCUACUUCAAGGCACCACGCCUCUUCCAUUGGUUUUGAUUGUGACUCAUGCACAAGGGUCCAUCCUAGAAAUCUAAGUAAAAUGUUUGAUCCCUAUAGGAGAGGUAGAAGAAGCAAUUCAGCUCCUCCAUUUUACAGAGGCAGGAAGAAGUUCCUUGCCUUGAGUGAUUCCUUGACAAUGACAACAGGAAAGGUUAAUCUGCAGACCAUCCAUCAUUGCCCUGGUUUUCCAGGAUCAAACAACAUGAAGCAAAUACAGCACCCUUCAGAAGUAAACGGUGUGAAUAGUUCAUUCUCAGAUGACAUACCCGAUGUGAGGAUCUUGAAAAGUGAUAAGGGGAAAUGCAACAACAAAUGCAGCAUGGAUUCCUUUGAAGAGUUCAUACCAAAGGAGAUUCAAGAUCCUCUAGAUUCUGGAGAAAAAUGGCAGAACAGCCAUCCGCAUCUUACAAGUGGAAGUAGAUUACUUCAUCCUAAGAAUCAGGAUGCUAUACUUGAUAUAGCUUCUGGCAUCUUGCACCUUGCUGGAGAUUCAUUAAUCCCUCGUUCCUUGGACAAAAACUGCUUGGAGAAUGCCAAAGUUCUCCAACAAGUUGAUAAGAAAUUUAUUCCCAUUGUGGCCACCAGAACACUUGCUUUGAUUGACCAGCACGCUGCAGAUGAGAGGAUUCGUCUUGAAGAACUGCGACGGAAGGUCCUAUCUGGAGAACUGAGGAGAACAAACUAUCUUGAUAGUGAGCAAGAACUGGUCAUGCCUGAAAUUGGCUUUCAAUUGCUACAUGAUUAUGCUGAACAAAUUCAAAAUUGGGGUUGGAUCUGCAAUGUUCAUAGUCAGGGUUCAAGAUCUUUUACAAGGGAUCUGAAUAUUAUGCAUAAGCAGCAGGCUAUUGCCACACUUCUUGCGGUACCAUGUAUUUUAGGUGUUAAUUUGUCCGAUGUGGAUCUGUUAGAAUUUCUUCAGCAGCUUGCUGAUACAGAUGGAUCAUCGACAGUACCGCCAUCAGUGCAUAGGGUUCUGAAUAACAAAGCUUGCAGGGGUGCAAUUAUGUUUGGAGACGCUUUAUUGCCUUCAGAGUGCUCCCUCAUUGUUGAAGAGCUAAAGCAGACUUCAUUAUGUUUUCAAUGUGCUCAUGGUCGACCAACAACUGUCCCACUUGUCAAUCUGGAUGCCUUAAGCGAGCAGAUAGCAAAGAUUACAUCGUGGAGCAGCAGUUCAUGUGAGUCAUGGCAUGGUUUGCGUCGUCAUGAAAUUAGUUUACAGCGGACUGCACAGCGAUUGAGCUCUGCUACACAUUAAUGAUCAUCAAACGAAAAGCUGUCUCUAUUCAACUGCAGAUCACUCACUCAAUUGGGAGUUGGUUGAUUAUCGGAGCCAUGAAACCUGGGCUGUUCUAUCUGGAUUUACCCGUCGAAAACAACUGCCCAUUGAGGCUUUCUAGUUUCUACUCCCCCCUCCCUUGUUGAGUGGACAACAGAAGCAUACAUAGCAUAGAUAUAGUAUAGAAAAAAAAUAGCAUGUGAUAUAACCUAGUUGUGGUUACAAAAGAAUCACUAAAGUUGAGUUCUCUUCACACUGUUGCUUUAAAACAGAAGCUAUCCACAGGGACUUCUUUCUUGUA